AUGAAGCAGAAAAGCGAGCAAGAAUAUACUUCUUUCUUUCAUCUCUGGAAUCAACCUUUAGAAAAACACAGAAGCCUCAAGAAAAACAGUUCUUUUGAAUUAAAACGUCAGCCUUCCUUAUUAUCGCUUGUAAACGCAAUAGGCAAACUACAGUCUAUCAGCACACACGACGAUAUACUUCAGAAUGUCAAACAUAAAGGUAAAGAGGGAUCAAGGCUCCACAUAUCUGAGAAUGGUCAGGAUGUACUUGUGAUGGAAAUAGCUUCAAAAAGGCUACAGGUUGUAGCCGGCACCUUAGAAAAACUGUUUAUCAAGUUGGCUGAUGAAUCGGCUCAAGACUUUGACUAUAUUGAUACGUAUAUUCUCUGUCAUUUGUUUUUUACAGAUUCGCUCGAGUUACUGGAGAACUUGAUGGCGAGAUUUCAUUUGGAAGCCUUACCGGACGAUAUGUAUUAUUUUGAUAGAGUUCUUAAUGUUAUCUUGCGCUGGAUCAAGCUACAGUUUCAAGACUUUAAAAGCAACCCUGUUUUGAUGGCUAGACUCGAAGCUUUUUUGCACGGCGAUGUGAGUCGUUCUGGUUACAAAGCGGAGGCAAGCAUGGUAAAAAAAGCCUUGGACGAGCAGAAGCUUGUAUCAUAUGAUACUGACUUAAAGCUAAAAAAGAAUACUCGUCUUACUUUUUAUAAUAAUUUGACAGACAUAUUAUAUAUGAAUUCAAAAGAUGCUGCAAAACGUUUGACAUUGGUUGAUUAUUAUAUUCUGAAAUGCAUUACAGCACAAGAUUAUCUGGCCAUGUUUUUUUCUAAAACAGAAAACAAGACGGAUAACAUUGCUUUGAUGACCGAAAGAGCGAAUAAACUCAGUAAAUGGGUCCUCGAGCAAGUCACUUUACACGAAUUACACAGUAAACAGAGAAGAGCUACACUGCGAAAAAUCAUGGAAAUAGCUAAGCUUUGUUUGAGCUGGAACAAUUUCCACACAUGCAUGGUGAUAACGAUGGGACUGACACAGCUAGAAGAGUUUAAUAUUGUCACAUUUAAAAAUUUAUUCAAAUACUUGAAUGUAUGUAACAACAUGAGCUACUAUCGGCAUGCAUUCAGAAAAGCAGCCAAAUCUCCUUGUAUACCCUUUUUUCCAAUCGUCUUGAAGGAUUUGACGUUUUUCAUAGAAGGCAAUGCAACUAAAAAACCAGAUGGGCUUAUAAACUUUUUAAAGUUUCGAGUACUUUCCCAAUUAAUUCAUGAUAUCUUGAGCUAUACAAUGGAGGACUACCACUUUGUAUCUUCUCUAGAUCAAGUUUUCGAGAGUUUGUUGAAUAAAAAAGUCCAUUCUACGUCACUGUGUGACUAA